AUGUGGAGAAAGUUUGAAACAACGGCGAUUUUACUUUAUAAUUGCGUUGGAUUUUAAUUUUGAUCUUCAACUGUUUCGUUUCGUUUAUUGUAUUUAGCACAAAACAAUGCCGCGUUUUUCAGACAGUGAAGAUGCUGAUGAAGAGUUCUAUAGUUAUCAAGCAUAUUGUCAUAACAGAAGGCGAACUUUGAUGUCUAAGCGCUUUGUGGUCUUUUUUUUGUGUGCAACGCUGGCUUCUGCCGUUGUGGUGGAGUUCCUGCCGUUUAAGAUUCUAAACUCUAACGUAAGCCUGCGCAGUUUAAUUAAAAAAACUACCGAUCUGCAGUUUGGUAAGCAACCGACAUAUGCGAUAUACAGCAAUAGUCCAAAGGAGGAUCAUUUAGUGCACGUGAAAAAUGUUUUAAGUUAUUUAGGAUACCGGCGAGUUCCUUUUGAAGAUGAUUGGGAUUUACUGUGGGCUCAUGAUUAUCCAUAUUUGCGCUUGCCAGAGAGAAUGAAAAACCUUGAACCCCAUCAAACGGUUAAUCAUUUGCCUGGUUGUGGAUUUUUAACAAAUAAAGUUGAUUUAUGUACAACACCGUUGCCAUUUUUGCCGAGAGCAUUUAGAUUGCCUUCCGAACAAGAAGAAUUUUUGAAAUAUGCUAUGAACAACUUGGGUGCAUUAUUUGUGGAGAAGAACAAUCAGCAUAGAUUAAUUGCAAUUCGUUCUCCAAACGAAAUAAACUUAGACUCCAAUGAUUCAUUUGUCCAGGAGUAUAUACAAAAUCCAUUUUUGGUAAAUGGUUAUAAAUUUGAUAUUGGAGCAUAUGUUGUAAUAACCUCUGUAAAUCCUUUGCGUGCAUAUAUUUAUAAAGGAGAUAUUUUGUUCAGAUAUUGUCCCGUUAAAUACUAUCCGUUUGAUCCUUCAAUUGUCGACAAGUAUGUUGUUGGUGACGAUUACUUACCUACAUGGGAGGUGCCAUCUUUGAAAAAAUACUACAUACGUUAUUCCGGUAGUAUGCGGGCUGCUUUCGACGCAUAUGUUCGUGAUCAAUCUUUAGAUCCAUCUGGUAUUUGGACGCAAGUGGAAGAUAUUAUCCGACGUACGAUAAUAUCAAAGGAGCAAGAUAUUGCACGUCUGUUACGUUCAUAUAAAACACAAAACUUUUUCGAAUUGAUGCGAUUUGACUUAAUUAUUGAUAAGGAUCUAAAAGUUAUUUUAAUGGAAGCUAAUAUGUCUCCAAAUUUGUCAUCUGCACACUUUAAGCCGAACUCAUUAUUAUAUGAACAAAUAUUGUAUAGUGCGCUGAAUCUUGUUGGUAUUGGGUCCCCUAUUAAGCACAAGACCAAAGAUAGAUGUGAAGACAUGACGCAGAUGCUUGCAUCAGAAAAAAAUCUUGCAGUUGACUUAAAUACAUGUGUUGAACAUGAUUGCGAUAAAUCGUGUAAUGCCGAGGAAUGUAGCUUGUGUUUGCCCUGCCUUACUGGUACUGAAUACAAGAUUUUGGAAAAAGCACAUGAAGAGCAUCUUCACAAAAUGGAUAUGAAACGUAUUUUUCCAAAACCGAUUUUGGAUUUGGAUACUUAUAAUUUACAAGAAGAAAUUGGUAAUAUGACAAAGACUAACGCAUGGAUGACCAAAUGGUUUUAUGAAAAAUGCAAAUUUGAUCAAAGCUGGUGUGGUUAACUGUUUUAACGUUGUUUCCACUAGUCUAAUCGAAUAUUUUCUUAAUUCGCAAGCAAAUGGAAUUUUUCAGAAAUUUCGUAUUAAAACUAUAGUAUUAUUUAUUUAAAACAAAUUUAAUAUGGUGGCUAUGUACAUAAAUUAGUUAAGAUCACUUACUAUUUAAUUCGUACAAUUAAAAUUCUUUUAGUGCCAAUUUAUUG